GCGUUCGCGGAGAAAAUGGAAGCUUUAGGGGUUUGCCGGCUCCAGGGGCGGGGAAACCGCGUAGCUGCAUUCCCCGCCCCGAGACCUGGAGGGUGCGCCGGGCAGUCCCCUUUCUCUGUCUCUUGCGCUGGGCUGAGCCCGGAGCUGAGAGCGGGAGUCGGCUCCGAGUCCCCUGCUUGGUUUUUGGGUGGCAGCAGCCGGAGGAAGAACAUGGCGCUCGUAGGCAGCCGAGCGGAGCUGGAAGCGGACGAGGACAUUUUUGAAGAUGCCUUGGAAACCAUCUCAAUAUCUUCUCACUCAGAUAUGGCGACAAGCAGCCUUCACUUUGCGUCAUGUGAUAAGCAGGCACCCAGACAGCGCGGAGCAUCUACUGUGAGCAGUUCAUCAUCAACCAAGGUGGAUCUCAAAAGUGGCCUUGAAGAAUGUGCUGUGGCAUUGAACUUAUUUCUAAGUAACAAAUUUACAGAUGCCUUAGAAUUGCUUCGCCCCUGGGCUAAGGAGAGUAUGUACCAUGCCUUGGGCUACAGUACCAUUGUGGUGUUGCAGGCUGUCCUGACCUUCGAGCAACAGGACAUCCAAAAUGGCAUUUCUGCCAUGAAGGACGCUUUACAAACCUGCCAAAAAUACAGGAAAAAAUACACAGUUGUAGACUCUUUCUCAAGUCUUCUUUCUAGAGGAUCACUGGAGCAACUGAGUGAAGAGGAAAUGCAUGCUGAAAUCUGUUAUGCCGAGUGUCUCCUACAGAAAGCAGCACUCACGUUUGUGCAGGAUGAAAAUAUGAUCAACUUCAUCAAAGGUGGACUCAAAAUUAGAACAAGUUACCAAAUAUAUAAAGAAUGUCUUUCUAUCCUGCACGAAAUUCAGAAGAACAAACUUCAGCAGGAAUUCUUCUAUGAGUUUGAAGGGGGUGUCAAGCUUGGCACUGGGGCCUUUAAUUUGAUGCUGUCCCUUUUACCAGCAAGGAUUAUCAGACUCCUGGAAUUUAUUGGAUUUUCUGGAAACAGGGAGCUGGGCCUCCUGCACUUAAGGGAAGGUGCUUCAGGAAGAAGCAUGAGGUCUGUACUGUGCUGCUUAACCAUCCUCGCUUUUCAUACUUACAUCUCCCUAAUACUCGGUACAGGAGAAGUGAAUAUUGCCGAAGCAGAGCGUCUCCUGGCACCCUUCCUCCAGGAGUUUCCAAAUGGCUCACUCAUGUUGUUUUAUCAUGCUCGAAUAGAGUUGCUGAAAGGGAAUCUUGAAGAGGCACAAGAAGUAUUUAAAAAAUGUGUUUCAGUUCAAGAAGAAUGGAAACAGUUUCACCAUCUCUGCUACUGGGAGCUAAUGUGGAUUAAUGUUUUCCAACAAGACUGGAUGCAGGCAUAUUACUAUUCAGAUCUGCUUUGCAAAGAGAGUAAAUGGUCCAAGGCAACUUAUGUGUUCUUGAAAGCUGCAAUUUUGAGCAUGCUUCCAGAGGAGGAUGUGGCAGCAACGAAUGAGAACGUGGUAACUUUAUUCAGACAGGUGGAGAGCUUGAAGCAGAGAAUUGCCGGAAAAUCUCUCCCUACUGAGAAGUUUGCUGUGAGGAAGGCUCGCCGUUACUCUGCCUCCUUGCCUGCACCUGUGAAGCUCGUCUUACCUGCCCUGGAAAUGAUGUAUGUCUGGAAUGGUUUUUCAAUAGUGAACAAAAGGAAAGACCUUUCUGAAAAUCUGUUGGUAACUGUUGAAAAAGCUGAGGCAGCUUUACAAAAUCAAAAUUUUAACAGCUUCUCUGUGGAUGAUGAGUGCUUAGUGAAGUUACUGAAAGGAUGUUGUCUCAAGAACUUACAGCGGCCCUUACAAGCUGAACUAUGUUACAAUCACGUUUUGGAAAGUGAAAAGCUACUGAAGUAUGACCACUACCUAGUGCCGUUCACUCUGUUUGAAUUGGCGUUUUUAUAUAAAAGCCAAGGGGAAAUGGACAAGGCCAUAAAGUUCCUAGAAACUGCAAGGAACAACUACAAAGAUUACUCCUUGGAAUCCAGACUACACUUCAGAAUUCAGGCAGCUCUUCACCUCUGGAGAAAACCUUCCUCAGAUUGAUCAGAACUUGAAGGAUAGAAUUUUCCCUCAAUUAGCAUCAACAUCUGCUAUAUAGAUUAAACCUUAUAUUAAAGUUGAAAAGUGAUCUUGUGAAUAAGAGACAAAAAAACAAUGUUAUUGUUAAUAUUUUCUAUCAUCUGAGAGGUUUACUGUUGGUCUACACAAUUUUUUUUCCUAUGGAAUGGCAUUCUGUAUUAUCUAGAAAAUUCUUAUAUUUUGCCUCCCCCAAAAUAAUUUCAUAUUAGAUUUGAAUUGGGGGUAAAUAAGUCAUUUAAAAGACUUGCAAAUGCAAUAGUCUAAUUAGAUUAUUUAUUUUUUUAAUGUGGAAAUUAAUAUUGUUUAGCAACUAGCUUAUAAGUUGAGCCAAUUUUAGAUUUGUUGGGUAGUUAAACUUCAGAGAUAUUUUGUUGCCUAGUACUUAAACUUCAGAAGGUGGAUAAGUAUCACUUACAUUUAAAAUAGUUUAACAAUGACCUUCAAAAGACUUCUGAAAAAGACAGUCUGAGAACAUGAACACAGAUGGGCCAUAAUGUACUUCAUAGGUUGAAAAGACCUGUAUCUAUAAAGGAUGAUGCAGUAUUCAGUUACUGGUUUUUUACUCUUCAUUUGAAUAAAGGUGGUGACAUUUUGGAGAGACUGAGUUUAAAUGUACUUAAGUCUAUUAUAGUAACAAAAUUCAAAACCUCCUGUGUAUUUAAAGGGAAGAAAGUGUCAUAUUUUAGGAAUUUUUCUUAACCUUAGCAGUGAGAGCCUAAAAUACAUAUAUGGGUUAUUUUUCUUAUAGGAAGUAAAGUUCCUGCUACUUUAAAUGAUAUGUAAAGUAUCAGUAAUUUUUACACUUAAGAUGUUGGUAAGACCUAAUUUUCUAAUCUCUCUAGCACUGUGAUGUCUCCUUGUAGAUACCUGGACCUCACUUAGUCCUUGGGAAACAGAUUCAGGGCAUGGAGCAGAAGACAGCUUGACACCCCAGAUAGUCCUUGUUCUGCUCCCCUAUUAGCAGUUAGUGAGGUGACCUUUAGCGAGUCCACUGUGCCCUGUGUGUCACCAUGUUUUCUUCUGUGAAAUCUAAAUUAAAAAACAGAUGACUUUCAAGAUCUCUUUCAGUUUUAUAACUGUGAGUCUAUGUAAUAGGUAUUUAUUUUCAACAAACAACUUUAAAAUGUUGAAUGUAAACCAUUCUUACUUGGAGUGGUUUAUUUUUCAGUCAUCACCAUUGCCCCUCAUCCCCCACAUGUAUGUGUUGUGGAUGAGGACCAGGUUGCAUCCAGAGUGAGGAAAGGCAAUUUAUGAGUUGAUGAAUCUGGGCCUUGUCUUAUUUCUGUUUCCGUUUUGAAGAAUAACUUGUCACAGAAGCCUCUGCAGUUUAACAGAAGGAGCCACCUAUUGGGAGUCAGGAGUUCAUUUCUGUGGGUUAAUAGUUCUAUGACACAGAGUUAGUAGCUCAGCUUUUCGGGGGCUCAGUUGCCCCAGUGUGGAUAGCAGUGUAGUGUUUGGUACUUGUGAGGGUUCAAUUAGAUAAAGCAUAUGAUAGCUUUUUGUAAACUGAAAAAGGCUAUACAAAAGUAUGAGUUAUUGGAAUAAUUAUGGUUUUUACGCAUGGAUUACAGUAUCAACACAUAAGUAGUGGCUGAUACUGUGGUCUGUGUUGUAAAAUGAAAGAAGCAUAGAAAUUCAAAUACGUUUCAGUGUAUUCAUGUGUUUGAUGUUGACAGUAGUCCAGGUUAUAUGAACUUGCUCCUGUUGUUCCCUGCCACAUGGACCUGUAUCAAGCAGUGUGUGGCUUCUUUUCCUUAGAGUACUGAUUAUUGACCAACACUGAGGAUGUAUAUCCAAUGAAAGAUGAUUAAUAGAACUCAAGUCGGAGUACCACCCGUUCAGAUACUAUGGCAGUAGAUACCAAUGUAUUGUUAACAGUAUAACUUUAGGUACAGACAAAAUAGAAAAUAAAAUUAACUGUCAUUAUAAUUAGUAGUGGAAAACAUUAAAUAUUAUUUGUGUAUAGCUUUGGAAAAAAGUUUAUGAAGUUCUUAGAAGAGCUUUGGUGACAUUAUUUUUGGAAGCAUACACCCGUAUUGUGACUGUGGGUACACUGAGCAUUCUCACUGUGUUACUGUGAGAAGCUGCAAGCCAGUAAAAAAAAUUCUCAUUUGGGUAUAAAAUGAAAUAAUUUUAAGCUUAGAGUGGCCAUUUUUAUUUUAACUCCACAUUACUAAACAAAUAUAAAAGAAAUUCAUCUUCUCCAUAUAAAAAUCUUUUGUUAUUUAUAUUUUAUUUUAUUGUUAUUUCCUAUUCUUUGUAUAGUUGCCUGAUACCAUGGACAGUAUAUCCAGUGGAUCUUUUAGUACUCCUAUAAUAUCAAAAUGCUACAAAUAUUUAUGCUUCCUGCUAUGUCCAAAAUAUUGUAGUGGCCCCAGCUUCUUAUGGCAUCAGCUAAUAUUGCAUUUUGGAGUUAUUAGGGUGCUCUGUGAAGAAUGAAUACUGAAGUGACAGUUUGAUCUAGUUUUUGAGGGACAUUUAUGAUGGGGUUGGGUUGCCAAUGUGUCUUGACAGUGCAAUUCAUGUAGUUCCUGGCAUAAUUGGCUUUUUUUUUUUUCCUAAUGGAGAGUCAGGGUUCUGAAUGGUGCUAUAUAAAAUUAAGUAAGUGUAUAAAUUUAAGUGCUUUGUAUAUUAAGUGCUGUAUAUAUUUAAGUAACUAUAUAAAUUUAAGUGCUUUGUAGGGAUGGUGACAAGGAAGGCAUGAUUUCCCCUUGACAAUGAAUGAAAGGUGAACUGCCUCUGCUCUUAUCUGAACAUAUAUUUUAAUGUUUUCUAUGCUCCUUGAUAUAAGAAGUUUCCAAGUUAUGUAGGAAAAUUAAGUCCACUGAUCCUGCCUUCAUCCUCAGAGAGCAGAGAUGAGGCAAGUGGAUAAAAGCUGUAGGAAGCUGAAUUCCAGAUUAAUCAGCACCCUAGAAGAUUUUUCAUUAUUGGAAAAUCCAACAGUCUACAAUCGAUAACCAGUUUUUCUGCAAAGGGGUGAGUUUAGCAGGGCUAAUGUGACUGCCAUUUCUGCCUGUCCUAGCAGCUUAGACUAAUUGAACUUUGAGGUUACUCUACGAUGCUAUUAUUAGGGCUUCAAAUCAGUGGGGAAUGUGUGAAGAAAAAAUUCUCCCCCCGACCAUUUCAAAUAAAAGUGAAUGUUUUCUCCUUCAAAGCUACUAUUAGAGGUAGUUGUGACAGACGCUAACAAUCCCUGCUGUUAAUACUUAUGAUUCCACUCCUUUUUAAAGUGAGUCUGUUGAUCUUCAUAAAUAGAUGGGUUUUCCCCCAGCUUGGACAUUAAAAAUAAUUUUUAAAAAGUUCUUUGUGACCAAUUGGAAAAUCUUUUGGAAUUAUCUAAUUCUUCAUUCAUUUCCCCCCCUGUAUUUCUGUUUUUUCCCCCCUGCUGUUUAUAAUCUCUGUAUUUAGAAAUCUUAAAUUCAAAUACAUUUAGUUAAAAUGAGUUAAUGAAGGCUCCAGUGAUGUUUUAAUACCCUAAGAUAUUGUGAUUUCUUGGGCCUGGAAUGGAUCUUAGAAAAUUACCUCAUCCUCAUGAGUCUGUAAGCAGAGCCUGUAAGCAGUGUUGUUUCCCCUCAGUCCUGCUCUGUCCAGUCCCAGUAGCCCCUCGCCACACAUGGCUGCGGAGCACUGGAAUGACUUACAGUACAUAUGGGAAUGGGGCUGAAUGCUAAGGGAGCAUUCACUCAUAUGCACUGCACUUCUGCUUAAAGGCCUCCCAAUGGCCUGCUUUCCAGAGUUCUGGCUUUUACUUGCUGUCUGCUAUGAUAACCUGAUUUGUGCUUCACAUACAUAUCUGUGAAGUUUGCUUUUUCUGUUUAAGUGCCCUUAAACUUUCAUUUCAUCAUGUUUAUUCUGCAGACAGUCAAUGUCAUUGGCAUAUUUGAACAUUAUUCUGCCCUCCUUAUGGACUAGAUGGAGAGAUUUGAUUUUUGAGAUUAUGAUUUUAAUUUGAUUUUACAGACAUUCUUUGCUUUUUUACAAAGUACAGUUGUUAAGAGUCAUGGUAGAGUGAUUCUCAUCUUUGAGAAGAUAAAUUUCAUGAUUAAUAUUUUCUAAGAUAAAAUUAUUCUGAGAAAUCUAGUGAAACCUUUUCAAUUGCUUUGUUACUAAUGUUUUAAUACUGACUCUCUCAACUAGGCCAAUAUUACUAUUUAAAGGUUUUUAGAAGCUGGGCAUGGUGGCUGACGCCCGUAAUCCCAACACUUUGGGAAGCCAAAGUGGGAGGAUCACUUGGGGCCAGGGGUGUGAGGCCAGCCAGGGCAAUAUUCUUUAUAAAAACAAGAAAAUUAGCUGUGCAUGGUGGAGUGUACAUGUAGUCCUAGCUACUGGGGAGACUUAGGUGGGAUAAUCCCUUUAGCCCAGGAGUUUGAGGCUACUGUGAACUAAGAUCAUGCUAUAUAUAAAAUCUAUAUAUAAAAUAAAGAUUUAAAGACAUAUGUUACCACUUAGAGAAUAAUUUUGCAGAUGGUUUAUUUAAAAUAUAUAUUCAAAGCCGGGCACGGUGGCUCACGCCUGUAAUCCCAGCACUUUGGGAGGCCCAGGAGAGUAGAUCACCUGAGGUCAGGAGUUCAAGACUAGCCUGACCAACUUGGAGAAACCUCAUCUCUACUAAAAAUACAAAAUUAGCUGGGUGUGAUGGCACAUGUCUGUAAUCCUAGCUACUUGGGAGGCUGAGGCAGGAGGAUUGCUUGAACCCAGGAGGCGGAGGUUGCAGUGAGCCGAGAUUGCGCCAUUGCACUCCAGCCUGGGCAAUAAGAGUGAAAUGUCAUCUCAAAAACAAACACACAAAUAACAUGACAUAUUUAUGCCUUUUGCUGCCUAUUAAUAUUUUUGAAUGUAUGAUACCUAAGUGAUAUGCAUAUAUAUGACAUUUUUAUCUCUAGUUAUUUCUUCAUAACAUACAUGUAUCUAUAGAUAGCUAUAUACAGAACAACAUACAAAUAAUAAAUAGACAAUGUUUUUAUACAGUUCUUUCCAAAGAAACGCAGGAUUUUUUUCAAAUUCUCCCUCCCCCAGUUCAGUUAUUUACAUAUUUUUGUCUUUAAGUGUUAGAUUGCUUGUUUCUACUGCCUGUUGUUGAUAGUUUUGUCUUUUAUACAUUUGCUAUUAGAUUUAGUUACUUUGAAAUGUUGAACUUGAAAUGUAAUGAAAAGGACACAUCAGAAUUUAUCGUCAGGGAAGAUAUCUUUUAUGUUGAGCAGUUGCUAUCUGAUCUUGACAGACUCUCCUCUUAGAAGUCCAUUCUAGUCAUUUUGUAACUUCAUAGCUGCUGAAAGAAAUGAUGCAAGGACUGUUUAGUGGACUGAGAUGGCUGAGCAGGUUCUUGGCCUGAAUUAUCCAGAGGAAAUAGUGGGAUCUAGCUUCAGAGGAAGUCUACGCCUCAUUCCCUUCUGGUUACAGUGUACCCAGGACAUGUGUUUAGCACAGUAACACUGUAACAGGACAUUGCAUGGAAAAAUCAAAGCAGCUGCCUCACUGUAUUUACCUGAAAAGAAUGCGGACAGAUUGGAUAUUUAAUAGGGAAAAUCAGGGUACUUUAGUAACAAACUUCAUUAUGUAAAGCUUGUUGAAUAUUAACAUACAGUACGCCUUGCAUAUUAAUCUCAUAGUUUUCAGAAAGACCAAUUUAAACACUGAAUGUAAGGGAUGCUGGCAUAUCCCAGUGACAGCUUCAGUUUUAUUGUUGCUUAAUAUUUUCUAGCAAACUUAGUUUUAAUUAUUGGUAGUCUGUUGGGCACCAUUUGGGGAAGAAACAGAUUUGUCUCAGUGUAGCAGACUGAUAGUCAAAAAAUUUGAAUAAAGAAUGAGCAUAAUAAAGAAUAUUAUUAUUUCAUUUUUAAAGGAAUUAUAUUAUUUUGAAGUGCUGCAUGGUUGAUAUUGUUUGGCUGUGUCCCCAUCCAGAUCUCAUCUUGAAUUGUAGUUCCCAUAAUCCCCACAUGUCGUGGGAGGGAUCCUGUGGGGGGUAAUUGAAUCAUGGGGGCAGUUUACCCCAUGCUGUUCUCAUCAUAGCGAGUGAGUUCUUAGGAGAUUUGACAGUUUUAUAAGGGGCUUCUCCCCCUUUGCUCAGUACUUCUCCUUCCUGCAGCCCUGUAAAGAAGGUGCCUUUCUUUCCCUUCCCGUUCCACCAUUGUAAGUUUCCUGAGGCCUUCCAAGUCAUGCAGAAUUGUGAGUCAGUUAUACCUCUUUUUUUUUUAAUAAAGUAUCCAGUCUCAGAUAUUUCUUCAUGGCAGCACGAGAAUGGAGUAAUACAAUGGUCUCACUAAUUUGAAGGUAUGACACUCUGCUUUGGAGAUAAUGUAGACAUUUUUAAGUCAUUCCUAUUUUUAAUGUAGACAAAUGUCCAGGUAGCAAUUUCAGGAAUAACAAAUGAGUUCAGCUUUUAUUCACAUUUUUUUCCCCAAAGUGAUUUAUUCUUCAACGUAGACGGUUACUUUCUAUAGAGUGAUUUGUUUUUUCUUUAAGAAAAUAAUUCACAGAGAGAUUAUGGUAAAUAUUUUAAAUCUUAGACUGUUGGUUAAAUUUAAUAGCUUAAGCACUGUUGAGUUCCAUUUAAUAUUUGCAGAAGGAGAACAUAUGUGUUUCACUGAUAUGUAUGGUCCAGAAAAAUUACUUCAUUCUCAAGAAUAUGUUGCAUUCUCAUAUUAUGUUAAGGAAAAUUCUAUAAGUAGUCUGGUUUUUUUUUUCUCUUGCUGACUGUUGACAUCCAAACACCUGAAUGAAAACUGACUCAUUUAUGUAUUGGUGUUUAAAAAUAUUGAAUUGCAAAUGUUCUUAGAACACUUGCAUUUUUUGAUUCAAGUUGCUAAAUCAGAUGUAAAGGCAAAUAUGUAUAUUUAAUAAGUGAGAAGUAUUUUUUUAUUACUGAAAUUUAUUCUCAAAGCAAAUGUAUUUUGUAGAUGUUUCAUUUGGGAGAUUUUGCUUUGCCUUAAAACAUAUAAAAUAAACCUGUCUUGUGGUCUGGCCACCUAAAAACCUCUGUUAACUUGACAUGUAGAAGGAUUUCAGAAUUCUUUGAUAAUGUGUGGUUUCACUUUUGUUUGUAUUAAACAAAAAUAAAAUGAGAGGCCAUAGCACUUUGUAAACCAAUGUGAAGUUUCCUGUUGAAUCAUCAAAGCUACCUGUAUGUAGUUUAUGAUUCAAUGUUCUGUUAGUAAAAAUUGUCAGCAUUUUAUCUUUCUCUCUUCUCAUUACAUUUUAGUCUUCUGUCUUUCCCACUCAGCGGUCACAGUUCUGCAGAGCAAAACAUUUUUAGAAACUGAAGAUGUGUGAGUUCUAUAUAAAAUGAAUGUGUUAGUAACAUCCAUCUGCUGAUCAAGUAGGCCUUGGAUCUGGUACUAAGUGAAAUCGAUUGUAGCUAUCAAAGCAUUUUAUCAAUGUAAGUCAAGAAAAAAGAAGAAAACUGUGAACUUCUGAUAUUUUUAACAUAAAAACUGUUCCCAAUGAGUAUUCUCUUGCUGAUUUUGUGUUAAUGUUAUCAUCUACGAUUUGUAAGCUAAUGCUAAUAUAAAAUCUAAAAUUUCAACAUGACAACAGUUCCUGUAGCCUAUUUUUACCAUUAAGACGUUUUUGAAAACAGAUGUCAUCUUAGAAAUUGUAUUUUUAAAUGCAAAUAUAUCAUCCCAACUUGAAAGUCAACACAUUUUAUUUUUCAUUCCUUAGUAUCACAGAAUAAGCUGUGUUUAGAUACAGGUUUAAUUUGCCAGGUUUUCUCAGAAUUCUAUAUUUUCAUAUUGCUACAACUGGUUUACUUAACAUGCAAUUUAAUUGUUAUUUAAAUAAAUUACACUUGAUGGAA